UAAUUAAUGAAAAGUUUCAAUUAUUUUUUCUUGACAUAAUCGGUUUUUAUUAAUAGUGUGUUGACUUAGUGAAUAUAUCACACCACACCAUGCCACGAGAGCAAAAUAUGAAAAAGGAGUACCAAUUCCAAAAAUACGCUUUUGAAUACGAUCCUAUAAAAGUGGGAUCUAUUGAUGGCACAGACACUGAGCCCCAUGAUCGAGCUAUAGUACGGGCUUUGCAGUCUGAAUAUACUCCUAACAAGUUAGUGAAGGGAAAUCCCAGCAAUACAUUAUUCAUUGGAAGACUUAACCCUAGAACUACCGAAGACAUACUCAAGUCAGAGUUCAAUAAAUUUGGCAGAAUACUGAAGUGUCGUGUUGUGAGAGACAUAGUUACUGGCAAAUCAAAGCAAUAUGCUUUCAUUGAAUUUGAAAGUAUAGUAAGUGUCGAGCGGGCUCUUAGAGAGUUACAGAAGGAGUACCUUGAUGGUUCAGAAAUGAUCUUGGAACGCGAAGCAGAACGCCGGCUGCCUGGCUGGCGACCACGACGUUUAGGUGGUGGCUUUGGUGGGCGGAAGGAGUCAGGUCAACUUAGGUUUGGAUGUCAAGACAGACCUUUCAGAAAACCCAUUACAAUUGCAAAUAAGAGCAAUAACAAGCCAGACAAGAGAUAGCAAUAAGUAAGGAAUUUAUUAUUAUGAGCACCUCAUGUAAUUGUUUGUGAGUUAGAAAUGACAUGUGUUACAUAAAAUAUUAAGCUUAAGAUCUAUGUGGUUGUGGAUAUCAGCUGACAGGUCAGACAUUCAACCAAAUGAGGAGUUGCAUUAAACAAUGUGUUAUGAGUGUUGUAAGGAGCUAAAAGGUUGGUGCAAGUCUUUUACUCGGACUGAGGGACUCCUUACCAUCCUAGAGGCUGUCCUCCUCAUUGUAUUUAUUGGAUUUUUUGUGUUUUUGGUCCUACACUUUGUGGCUUGCCGAAUUCAUUCAGAAGAUGCGACAUAUUUUGACAAAAAUGAAACUGACAGUAGCACAGCGCCCGUCGUGACGACGACCUCCAGCUCUAACGCGAGCAGCAUUCUGCCGCCAGACGUGGAGUGUACGUGGAAACCGUCUCAGCGAACCACUGCGCGCACUCGGUACUACGUCACGAGCAGCAACACAACGCAAACGAGCUCCUCCACUACCAAUUUGGGAAUAUUCGGCGAGGCUUCAGAACUGUCACAUUUCUAUGACGAAUAUGGCUUUUUAGAAAACUCUAACGGCGAGCCUGCCGAAGAUAUUUAUAGAAACCAGGUUGUAGCUCUGGUCAAAUUUAAACCUAACGGGGAGGUGACGUUUGGCUGUAUUUUAACAAAGAUUACACAGUUUUGGACAUUGACAGCUGCCAGCUGUAUCACAUCCGUCAAGGAAGUGGAUUCGCUGGACUCGUUUGUUAUGAUAGAGCAGUUCGGUGAGGCGGACCAGUCGCAGGCACGCAGCGUGGCAGGCGUGCACCUGCACCCGCGCCACCAGUCGCGGCGGCACGACCUGGCCGCGCUGCGCUCCGCCCGCGCGCUGCGCUCGCGAGCGCCUCUGCUGCGCCUGCCGCACAUGCUCGACUACUUCCUCAUAGCUCUGGGGGAGAGGCUCUUCAUUCUCGGUUAUGGAGGAUACAGAACAGUGAAUGAUGCAGCAGUGCGACGACUGCGUCAAGUAUCCGUGUUCGUGACGGCGGCUGUAGCGUGCGGGGGCGAGGGCGCGGCAUACGGCGUAGCACACACGUGCGCGGGGGCGCGCUGGGCGCGGGGCGCGGCCUGCAACUACUGCGCGGGGGCGCCGCUGGUGCGCGAGGGGGCGCUGCUGGGCAUCAUGAGCGACAAUCGCGAGUGCGGCGUCACCUGCGAGCCCCAGCUUUACGUUUACCUUGGAACACUGCGCGACUGGAUUGAUAAAGUUGUCGACAAAAAUUAAAUUGUAAUCUUAAUUGACUUUAUUUGUGAAAGUUAAAUAUAUUAUACUUACCUACCAAUUAUUUUGGUAAAUCAAUAACGAGUUAUCAUUUUUGGUCAACACAGAUUUGUUCCUGAUUGAUUACCAUUAAAUCUAGCUACG